AAAAAAAAAAAAAAAAAAAAGACUGAGUAGCAGCACCAGAGCCGUACGGCAGUAACGUGUUCGGGCGAGCAGGGGACUCCUCACCACUUAUCUAAUAUUUAACAUAGCCCGUAAGAAUAAGUAUUAGUUUUAGUUAAGUAGCCGUUAACGUGUUGGGGUUGGAAACGUUACGUACGUUGGCACGUCGGAGCGGAGCGGUUUAUUAGCUUAAACAAAGCGGACCCUCAUAACAGUUUUAGCUAGUCUUCGCCUCAGUAAACUACAUUUUUGGGGGCAAAUGUUACUCUAAAUCAACAGGAACGCAAGUAUAGCAUCAUCAUCAUAAGAUGGAUCUGCGGUUACUUUUAAUAGCAACGGUAUCGGCGGUCCUUGGUGGCAGCUGGGCACAGCAAGAGGAAAACAUAUGCAGCAAGGCAAACACGUGUGGGGAAUGCAUCCAGGUCGCUGAGACGUGUGGAUGGUGCUCAGAUGAAAACUUCCUCACUGUGGGCCAGUCCAAGUCGGCUCGCUGUGAUGAUCUGGAGUCCCUGAAGAAGAAAAAUUGUGAUGUGACCAAAAUUGAGAACCCACGCGGAAGCAUCACCAUUAACAAGAACAAGCCUGUCACCAACCGCAAGAAGGACGUGGCUGAGAAACUGAAGCCUGAGCAGAUCACCCAGAUCCAGCCCCAGAAACUCACCCUGACACUCAGAUCUGGUGAGCCCCAGACGUUUGAGCUGAAAUUCAAGCGUGCUGAGGACUACCCCAUCGACCUGUAUUACCUUAUGGACCUCUCCUUCUCCAUGAAAGAUGAUUUGGAAAACGUCAAGAACCUUGGCACUGACCUCAUGAGGAAAAUGCAAAACAUUACCUCAGAUUUCAGGAUUGGUUUUGGCUCAUUUGUGGAGAAGACAGUCAUGCCUUACAUCAGCACCACGCCAGCCAGGCUCCUCAACCCCUGCACAGGGAACCAGAACUGUACCAGCCCCUUCAGCUAUAAGAACGUCCUGAAGCUGACAGACAAGGGAGACGAGUUCAAUCGAUUGGUCAGUCAGCAGCAGAUCUCAGGAAACCUGGACUCUCCAGAGGGGGGCUUCGAUGCCAUCAUGCAGGUGGCGGUCUGUGAGGAGCAAAUCGGCUGGAGGAACGUGACUCGUCUGCUGGUGUUUUCCACCGAUGCUGGUUUCCACUUCGCUGGAGAUGGCAAACUGGGCGGCAUCGUCCUGCCCAACGAUGGGAAGUGUCACCUGGAGAACAACAUGUACACCAUGAGCCACUACUAUGACUACCCCUCCAUCGCCCAUUUGGUUCAGAAACUGAGUGACCACAACAUCCAGACCAUCUUUGCCGUCACUCAGGACUUCCAACCUGUUUACAAGGAGUUGAAAAAUCUUAUUCCUAAAUCAGCUGUUGGCACGCUGUCUUCCAACUCCAGCAACGUGAUCAAACUCAUUAUUGAUGCUUACAAUUCUUUGUCAUCUGAGGUCAUUCUGGAAAACAGCAGGCUGCCAGAGGGAGUUUCCCUCACCUACAAGUCCAUCUGUAAGAACGGUGUGGAGGGAACAGGGGAGAACGACAGGAAGUGCUCCAACAUCUCAAUCGGAGACGAGGUGUUUUUCAGGAUUUCCGUUAAAUCCCAGAAGUGUCCAUCGCAUGGCAAGACUGAGACCAUUAAAAUUAAACCACUGGGCUUCACUGAGGAGGUGGAGAUAGUUCUGAACUUCAUCUGCAACUGUCAAUGCGCCACAAAAGGAGAGCCCAAUAGUGAGAAGUGCCACGAGGGCAACGGGACCUUUGAGUGUGGAGCCUGCAAUUGUAAUGACGGACGUAUUGGGCGCCUUUGCGAGUGCAGCAAAGACGAAGUGCGGACAGAGGACCUGGAUGCCAACUGUCGAAAAGACAACGGUACAGAUAUCUGUAGCAACAAUGGUGACUGUGUCUGCGGCACCUGCGAAUGCAGGAAGCGGGUGAAUCCUGCAGAGAUCUACAGUGGCAAGUACUGCGAUUGCGAUAACUUCAACUGUGACCGCUCUAACAACAAGCUCUGCGGAGGACAUGGGCGCUGCGAAUGCAGGAAGUGCAUCUGUGAUGCCAACUACACAGGCAGUGCCUGCGACUGCUCCCUGGAGACUGCCACCUGCCUCGCCAAGAACGGGCAGAUCUGUAACGGCCGCGGUACUUGCGAAUGUGGAAUCUGCAAAUGCACCAACCCCAAAUUCCAGGGUCCAACCUGCGAGAUCUGUCCCACCUGCCCCGGCAUCUGCACUGAGCACAAAGAUUGUGUGCAGUGCCGAGCAUUUGAGGCCGGUGAGAAGAAGGAUACAUGUGAGCAGGACUGCAACUACUUCCAGCUAAUCAAGGUGAAGGAUCGCGACAAGCUGCCCCAGCCUACAGACCAGAGCUUCCCACUGACUCACUGCAAAGAGCGAGACGCCAACGACUGCUGGUUCUAUUACACCUACGCCAUCAGGAACGACACCAAGGAGGUCUAUGUGAUGGAGAAACCGGAGUGCCCGGCAGGACCUGACAUCAUCCCCAUCGUGGCAGGUGUGGUAGCAGGUAUUGUGCUUAUCGGCCUCGCCCUGCUGCUCAUCUGGAAACUGCUCAUGAUCAUCCACGACCGCCGAGAGUUUGCCAAGUUUGAGAAGGAGAAGAUGAAUGCCAAGUGGGACACGGGUGAGAAUCCAAUCUACAAAAGUGCCGUAACAACUGUCGUCAAUCCAAAGUACGAGGGCAAAUGAUGGAGCGUUGCCUUCAUUGUGACAUCACUGUAUGGAAAGAAUAUGGGCUGGGGUGAAGGGAGGGGCGGGUUUUAUAAUACUCUCACUGUUUGUUUGUUGUUGUUAUUGUUGUAGUCACCAAAUGAUAGCAAAGCAUUUUGCCACUAUUUCGGUUUGUUUUACUAACUUGUUUUUAUUUUCUAUGCAUCAUCUGAAAUGUGUACAGUCUGUAUAAAUGUGGGGAUUUUUUAUUUUUUGCCUCAGCAGAACUUGAGAGAAUGUGUUGAACUGAUUUGUAGUUUUUUCGCCACAGGACUGGCAAGGUAACGGAAAGCCUAGCUGUGCCUUUUUUAUAGAACCAUCAAGCCAUCAGUGUUUUGUCGAGGGUUGAAUUGGAUGUUGAUAAUGGGCAACGAAUGAAGAGUUCCUAUCCAAGUAACCAUGUAUACAGUGUUGAGCGGGUGGCAAUCUAUCAGUCAAUGUUUCAAAAACAUAGAUGAGCUUAAGGUCUUUUUAGAUUGAUUUGCUGUCGGAGCAAAGGUCUUAUUGUGUCUGUAAUCAUUUUAACUGAGUAGGUGUCACUCUUUAAAUAUCUCUGGAUUGAAACUCUUCAAAUGUAGCGCCAGUGCAGUAGCAAUGAAAUGUGUACAGUAUGUUUUGGUUUCUGUGUUAAGCCAUAUAUGUAUUCACAGAACAGGAUUGAAGGCGUUAGUGUGUUUCCAUCUGAACAAUCAAUUUGAAAUAUAUCUUUCUCUAGAAAAUAUAUUUUCUUGGGCUACCUUUCUCGAGUAAAGGAUAUCAGUGUACAGUAGUGUUACUGUUUGGCUCCAGGUUUUACUUGCUUAAUUUAAAGCCAACUCAGGUCCUUAAUUAUUCACAGCAAUGCCAAAUACACGCAAACCUGCCUUAUUUGCUAGCUAAAUUAGCUUAUUUUGAAAUGCCUUGUUUUAUUUGUAGUAUUUGAAUUGGGGAAGUGUCCCACUUUUUUUUUCUGUAUGUCAGUAAUUCCACCCAACUCUUUUGUGGUGCCUCGAUCAAACAUUUUUUAUUGAAAGAAAUGUGGAUAAUGUCAUUUAGUUUUAAAGAUCAGUGGUAAGGGAAUGAUCUCUAGAUGUUUUGGGUUUUAUAAAGAAAAAAAGGGUACACCGGUCACCAUUGUUUUGAAGUGCCUUUUUUUAAUUUUAACAUUCACAUUUGCAAUUCUGUAUUUCUGAAAUUAUUUAUUAAAUAAACAUUAAAAACAAUUUACCCCUAAAUUGUUACAACA